CCUCUAUAAGGUUGAAUAAAAAUUCGAUUAAUCGUUUGAUAUAAUUGCUAUGCUUAGUGUGUGACUCGUUGGUUUUUUUAGGAUUAUAGGAUUCAACAAAAUCGACCGGCCCGUAGUACGAACUGAUAACUAUAGAACUAAUAAUCAACUCAUCUCUUCGCAUUAUUUGGAUAUAAGGAACCAGUCAAGAUAUGAUAUAUGAGUCAUAUCAUUGUAGUAACUGAAAUCAUUUUUGCAUAAACACAAAAGAAAAACCAAUCUGAUUAUGAGUUGUAAAGCAAUAAAAGUAUACAGAUAAAUGGAAGGGUGAGAGAAAGAUAGGAAAAGAAAUAUCAAUGAUAUAUAAUUCCAAUAUGUAAGGUCUAUGAGUCAUCUCAUAUAAAGGGAAUGUAAUAAAGCAUCAAUACUGAUUGAUCCAUAAUUAGACAAAUCGGUGCAUAGAAGAAAAAAUCAAGAGCCCUGAGCCAAUAAAGACUGAGAAGGUUGACUCAAGAAAAAAUUUCAUUCAUUAAUAAAUUUCAUUAUGGGCUCCAUUUCAUUAAGGGCUCCGUUGUAGAAUUCAGACCUAACCAUUAAUCGAGAAGUGGUGGGGACGACAGAACCUGUGAAUGCAUAAGAUUCGAUUGAAAACGAAUCCUAAUGAUUCAUUGGGUAGGAUGGCGGAACGAACCAGAAACCUAUUCAUUUAUUCUGAGAGGUCAUGUCAUAGACGAAUCUUACAAUUGAAUGUUGAAAGAGUAAAUAUUCGCCCGCGAAUUUUUUUUAUUUCUAAAUUUUACUAAAUUUUAGUCGAUUCGAUAUGAUAAUACAAAGGAAAAAUAAAAUAAAGAUUCAUUAUAACGUUAUAUAAAAACGACAUUAUCUAUAAAUAGAAGACGAGUUUAAUUAUAUAUUAAAACACAAAAAAUUUUAAAUUUAUAAUAGAUAUAGAUUAGAUAAAAUUUAAAAGAAUACCACGAUUCCGUAUAUUAUUCACCGUGUAUAUUAUUUUUUAAUUGUUUAAUUCGCGAGGAGCUGGAUGAGAAGAAACUCUCAUGUCCAGUGCUGUAGUAGAGAUGGAUGGAAUUGAUAAACAACCAUCACCUCUAUAACCCCAAAAGAACCAGAUUUCGUAAACAACAUGGAGGAUAUUAACGAAAACUCAAAAGUGGCCCAAACUGUGGGACCAAAGUUGUAAUCCUGCCUUUUGCAAUUCCCACCACUGCGGUGUUCCAAGUCGUCAGCCACACUCCACCCUGCAACCGUUUCUCUCUCUCCCUCUUUAUACCGGUCGACUUCGAAAGCUUACCCACAAAAGAAAAGAAAAAAAGAAGUCUCAUUUCACAGCCAUGGCUUCCUCAACCGAGCUCAAGAAAAUACUAGGUGACCUCAACAAGGACUCCUUCAUAUCUCUUCUCUCCAAGCUUAUUGGGGAGUCCAAGUACCUCCAAAACAACCCACCUGAACUGAUCCCUCAGGAGGACCGAGCGGUCAAGCACGUGCUUGAUUCCCUCCUGUCCCUUAGCACCACCACAGGCGGUGGACCCUUGGUGAUCAACCAUGUAACCUACUUUCCUGGAAGAGGAAACGUUAUUGUAGAAUACCCAGGAACUGUGCCUGGGAAGAUCUUGUCCUUUGUGGGGUGUCACAUGGACGUGGUCACUGCAAAUCCUAAUGACUGGGAGUUUGAUCCAUUCUCAUUGAGCAUUGAUGGUGAUAAGCUUUGUGGCCGUGGAACCACUGAUUGCUUGGGCCAUGUUGCACUUGUAGCUGAGCUCAUGAGACGGCUGGCAGAGACAAAGCCAAAAUUGAAGUCCACUGUGGUUGCAGUCUUUAUAGCAAAUGAAGAAAAUUCUGCCAUUUCAGGUGUUGGUGUGGAUGCACUCGUGAAGGAUGGGCUACUCAGUAAGCUAAAGGAAGGUCCUCUGUUUUGGAUUGACACGGCAGAUAAACAACCUUGCAUUGGUACUGGUGGUAUGAUACCUUGGAAGCUUCAUGUGACUGGGAAGCUUUUUCACAGUGGUUUAGCACACAAGGCUAUAAACCCUUUGGAGCUAGCUAUGGAAGCACUGAAAGAGAUCCAGUCGCGGUUCUAUAGAGACUUUCCUCCCCAUCCCAAGGAAGAGGUCUAUGGAUUUGCAACACCGUCAACCAUGAAACCAACUCAAUGGAGUUAUCCUGGGGGCGGAAUAAAUCAAAUUCCAGCAGAGUGCACAAUUUCAGGAGAUGUCAGGUUAACUCCCUUCUACAAUGUUAAGGACGUGAUGGAAAAGCUUCAAGAAUAUGUGGAUGACAUUAAUGAAAACAUUGGAAAGCUUGACUCACGAGGUCCGGUUUCAAAGUAUGUCCUACCAGAUGAAAACUUAAGGGGAAGCCUCACAUUAAGUUUUGAUGAGACAAUGUCUGGAGUUGCUUGUGAUCUCAACUCCCGUGGCUUUCACGUAUUAUGUAAAGCUACUGAAGAGGUUGUUGGGCAUGUAAAGCCUUACUCAAUUACUGGAAGUUUGCCUCUCAUUCGAGAACUGCAGGAUGAAGGAUUUGAUGUUCAAACGUCUGGCUACGGCUUGAUGGCCACAUACCAUGCCAAGAAUGAGUACUGCCUUUUUUCCGAUAUGCGCCAAGGCUACCAGGUGUUUGUCAGCAUUAUCUCUCAACUAGAGGACUGAGAAUCAGCAAAGAGAAAAGAAGAAAACUAGAAGACUGAGAAUAACAAGUUGCAAUGAUACUACCAAAUCAAACCAAAAAUGAGUACUGCCUUUUUUUCUGAUAUGUGCCAAGGCUACCGGGUGUUUGUUAGCACUACGUCUCGAGUCUUGACUAGAAGAAUGAGAAUCGAGGGGAAAAUAAAGGGAAGUGAAAAGAAAGUAGAAGAUUGAGAAUAAUGAGAAAUUGCAAAUGAUACUUACCGAACCAUGGCUGAUAAGUAUUGUU